AGCGGCACUGUUGCUGGCAGGUGCGGCGUGUUUUUGUUUUGGGUAGAAGAAUUAGUUGUAGUUGAGAAAGGCCAAGAUUCCUUAUUUUCGCCUUUUCGGAGCCGCGCGUGCCGGGAAGGAUCUCCCGCUGGCCAGCAGCCUCACGCUCACCGGGAGCUUGUCUCCGCCGCUUGCCUUGGGAGGAGGAGGAGGGGUGGUGGUGGUGGUGGAAAGGACUACGGCUCCUCCUCUCUCGCCAUCCCCCUCCCGCGGUGAAGAGGGAGGACGACGGCCAAGCAAGCGACCGAAGCCGCCGCGCCAAGGAGGUGGGGGGCCAGGUCUGGCUCGGCCUGGCCCGGCUUGGCUUGGUCUCGCCCGAGCUGACCCCCGCCGGGCCUCAGCCAUGAGGAGGGAAAUGAACGGGGUCACUAAGGGCCGGUUUGAGUUUAGAAAGGAAAAAUAAAACCAAGUGUUACAAAAAGUAUUUAGCACCAGAUGAUAAACAUCCAAACAUGAAAAAGAAUAUCUUCGUCCAGAAAUUGGCGGUUGGAUUAAGACAGAUGUUCUCAAACAAUGAUGAGGCUGUGAUCAACAAAAAGCUUCCCAAAGAGUUGCUUCUUCGAAUAUUCUCCUUUCUGGAUGUGGUCACUCUAUGCCGCUGUGCGCAGGUCUCCAGGGCAUGGAAUGUCCUAGCUUUGGAUGGUAGCAAUUGGCAACGCAUUGACCUGUUUGAUUUCCAAAGGGACAUUGAGGGGCGUGUAGUAGAGAAUAUUUCUAAAAGAUGUGGAGGAUUCCUUCGAAAGCUGAGUCUACGUGGAUGCCUAGGUGUGGGAGACAACGCAUUGAGGACCUUUGCACAAAACUGCAGAAAUAUUGAAGUGUUGAAUCUAAAUGGCUGCACCAAGAUUACAGAUGCUACAUGUACUAGCCUUAGUAAAUUUUGCUCAAAGUUACGGCAUCUUGAUCUAGCUUCCUGCACAUCAAUAACCAACCUGUCACUGAAAGCACUGAGUGAGGGGUGCCCUCUACUAGAGCAACUCAAUAUCUCGUGGUGUGACCAAGUGACAAAAGAUGGCAUCCAAAAUUUGGUGAGAGGCUGUGGUGGACUCAAAGCUCUGUUUCUUAAAGGCUGUACACAGCUGGAAGAUGAAGCUCUUAAAUACAUUGGUGCAAACUGUCCCGAAUUAGUGACUCUGAAUUUGCAAACAUGCUUGCAAAUAACAGAUGACGGACUCAUUACAAUAUGUAGAGGAUGCCACAAGUUGCAAUCGCUAUGUGCUUCUGGCUGUUCCAACAUCACUGAUGCCAUCUUGAAUGCGUUAGGGCAAAAUUGUCCAAAACUUAGAAUAUUGGAGGUAGCUCGUUGUUCCCAGCUUACAGAUGUGGGCUUUACAACUCUGGCUCGGAAUUGUCACGAACUUGAAAAAAUGGACUUGGAGGAAUGUGUUCAGAUAACAGACAGCACAUUAAUCCAGCUUUCCAUACACUGUCCACUGCUCCAAGUUUUGAGUUUAUCACACUGUGAGCUGAUCACCGAUGAUGGUAUUCGCCAUUUAGGCAAUGGUGCCUGUGCCCAUGAUCGCUUGGAGGUGAUUGAGCUGGAUAACUGCCCCUUGAUCACAGAUGCCUCCUUGGAACACCUCAAGAGUUGCCACAGCCUGGAAAGGAUAGAACUGUAUGACUGCCAACAGAUUACCCGAGCUGGAAUUAAGAGACUCAGGACCCACUUACCCAAUAUAAAAGUCCACGCCUACUUUGCACCUGUAACUCCACCACCAUCUGUGGGGGGCAGCAGACAGCGUUUCUGCAGAUGUUGCAUCAUCCUAUGACAUGAACCUUUUCAGAUACCUGGAAAUUUAUGGAAACUACAUCAGAUGUUUUCAUUUUAUUUAGAAGUAAGUAGAACUCAUGAUGGGAAAAUUCAGGUCCAUCCAGUUCAACACUGAAGGAUCAUAUUUAUUGAACUUGGUUUGAUUUGCUCAAAGCUACUGUUUCAAAAAACCACUGGAAUCAUCUUAUGGUGCUUUUUCGGAAGCCAUUUUUGGUAUCAGACAUGGUUUAAAAGGGCUAUGGGGAUGAUACAGCAACAUUCCAACAUUCCCUUCACAAAUAAGGCAAAUGGAGCCCCAAAACACAUGCCAAAGGUCACCAAAAACUUUCCCCGAUAUCCAAUAUCCUGCUUUUAUGAAUACUUCUUGUUAGUGAAUGUUUAUCAUUUGCUUUUGCCAUUCAAACUACUAGAUGUGUUGCUUUUUUUCCUUCUGUGCCAGUACUUGACACAGUAUGGUUUACAUUACAGGUGUUUUUUUCCUCUCACGGGACAGUUAGGUGCAAAAUUUAACCUGGAAUUUAGACCUUUCCCAAUGAGGCUCUUUGGUUGUUUGGAUUGCAAACUUCCAUUAUAAUUACACUCAUCUCAGCCUUCAGAUUUGAAGAUUGUUCUUUUAAACAAUCAUGGUGAUUAUAGUACCAUCUCAAUACAUUCCAUUGAUAUAGGGAAUUGAAACCUACCAUAAAAAUGGCAAUAUUUCAGAAUGUUCAGUUGAAAGCAAGAUCAGGCAGGCAGAAAGACAAACAAGGCAAGAGACAUUAAGUAUUCUCUACAUCAUGAAAGUUACAGAUUUUAAAGGGAUCUUCACCCACUUCUGGAAGCAAAAGCACAGCACAGAUUGCAGAGUCCUAUCCAGACAACUUCCCACAGUUUACAUUAAUUUAUUUUUCUCUUGCCAAGCUUAUAGAUGUUAAAAUAAACUUUCUUAAUUAUAUCUUAAUUAUACUAGAAAGACUAAGAUGGGGUAGAAUUCCACUGUUUUAUUAAAUUGUUUUGUGACAUGUUAUUUCAUUUUUCUUAAUCGGCAGGACAUUUAUUUUGAGAUCAGAAAAUAUGUUUUCCCUUUGCUCCAUAUGAAAUAUUUAAAUUUGUGCUGUGAUCUCAAUAUUCGAUUUCUUUUGCACAGAUAUUUGCUUUCUUACACAAACAUUUACAAUGAAUUUUCUCAACUCACCAAUAUAUAGUUUUUAAAGGGCUGUUCCAAAAUAUUUUUAAAAAUAUAUUUUUUGAAAUGUCAUUUCUCUCUUCCCUACAAUCUCUUCUAAUUUAUAGUUUUAAGAAAUGAUCAUCUGGCUCCAGUGGAGAAAUACUAUAAGUGAUUAUCAACUGCAAUGUAUACUAUUGAUCCACUGUUAAAGUGUAAAUUCUCUCUUUUUGAAUCCCAAACACCAUGGUAGUGAUCAUUAUCCAGAACAAAUUAGAAACUUACGUGUGCUCUCAUCUUGUCAAUGGUUAGCAAAGCUUUGAAGAUAACCCCAGAGUGUUUUGGAUUUUUUGUUUAUGAAUGAACAUGUGGGGACAAAUGUCAGGUGUUAUUCAUGUGCAAAGCUCCCUUGAGAUGAAUGAAAAUAUUUGCUGCAUUACAUAUCAUGUAUUUUCAGUUUAAAUGGUUCUCUUAAAUGUUCCAUUCUAUCAAACAGUAAUAUAGGGCUACUUGUUCAGGGUAAGAUAGAAAUAGCUCUACUUAUGUCACAUCUGGGGUUGAAGGAAAAGCUUUGGGCAAAUUGAUAGGUUAAUUUCUAGGUUUUUUUUCUGUAGAUCUGUGUAAGAUCCAGCAUCAUAACAUGCAUUAUACUUGCAUUCAUGACAAUAAAGAUUUGCCGUGAUUGCCAUUAAUGGGCUGCAUUUUCUGGAGUUAAAACCCAGAAGAUAAGCAAGGAUGUUAUUUACCCGGAUGUAGCUUCAAAGAGCAGAUGAGUCUUAGUACUAAUUCUUAAUGUUAGAAAAAAAUCUUGGCUUUGACAGAUGUCAGGUUUGAUCUGAGUAUAUUAUGUGAUGAAAAUUUCCCAUUCUCUAAAACUCUAUGGAUUGUCCAAACACAGUUUGUGUUUGCUAGCUAUGACAAUGUAGGUUAUUAGGAGCUGGGUUAGAUGAAGAUGUAUGACUAAACUGCUGCACAAAAAAAGAUCAGAGUGAAAAUAUAGACUUCAACAGUUUCAUGAUUCUAAAUUGAUGUGUUAAAAUAUUUUUUUGUGGAGUAGAGUCAAGGCAUUUUACAAUACGAUAUCUCUCUUUCUCCAAGGCAGGAUGAGCAAAUACUAAUAAUGUUUCUAAAAGCACCUCCCCUAGUUCUGGCUCUGCUAUUUUCCAAAGAGCAUUUAUGCCCAUCAGCUCUGUCCAAGACACUCUUGGUUUUCAGACAGCUUCUUCCCCAGAGAGCUCCUUCCUCUAAUUUUUCUCCUCUUCCAGAUAUGCUCACAAAGCAUAUCAGCAAGAACUCUUAAUGUUUGAAGGUAUGUCAGAAUUCCUUCAAAGCUGGGUCUGGGCUAUAAAACCAGUUUAUAUUUGCAUGCUAAUGCACUCCCUUCACUUCAUUUCCAUAGUCUCUUCAAGAGAUAUUAGUCAACAGCAUAAGUGCUGAAUUACUAGCCACAAGUCACAAGCCAUGUGAACAGCAUAACUGAUACAUAACCUGUUGCCAUCUCUGGGUAGUCAGGUAGCCUGGGCAGUGGAGGACAAAAAAAAUAAUAAUGCUAGGUAUUGUUUAUCCUCAUCCAUUUUAGAGGAACCACCCAUUCCAAUCUCUCGCGGCAUUUAUUCCCAGAGAUUACCAGUGAAGGCCAUGAUCUCGAAAUCUGGCCUGUAUUAUAAGAGAUGAAAAGGAUGGGAAAUGUCCUAAAGUCUUUCCAAUUGAAUCAACUCAAGGUGCGAGGAGAGGUUCUACAGCAAUCCCCAUAUUCCAUUCCUCAUAGGUGUUUCCUACUGCAGAUGCCAAUGUCCAGACUGCCAUCAUAUGGGAAAGAGUUGAAUGGAAGCGAUUAGAUAAUUCCAUUAAAGAACAUAGAGGAAAGCUCCCGCAGAAACAGUCUGUGGGUCACCAAUAGUCAGUCUCAGAAUUUACACAUGCAAAUUUACCCCAGGUUAAUAAAUUCUGUAAAACCCCAACACAAGGAAUCAGGAUCUUCUAAUUAAACAAUUCCUAUGCACGUACAAAUAGUGGAUAUUUUCUUUAUAACUCACAUGCCUGCUUUGUGCCUCCCCUUGCCUGAAGCAUGUAACAAAAUCAUUUAGGAUUGAAUAGGGAAACCAUUGUGAGGAGUGGCAAAAACUCUAGGUCAGGGGUAUCAAACACUAUUUCAUUGAGGGCCGCAUCAGGGUUGUGGUGGGGCAUGGUGGGCAUGGCCAUCUUGAUGUCACUCAUGUCGGGGGCAUCUGUGGUGGCCCAAGUACUCUGCCAGUGAAAACAGGCUCCAGAGCUCCAUUUUCAUCUGUGAUGGCCUCCUGCUGCCCUCUGCCAGUGAAAAUGGAGCCCGGGGUAUGCGUGUGUCACAUGUGGCCCUCCCAAGCUCCGUUUUCACUGGCAGAGGGCGGCAGGAGGCCGUCAGAACCAAAAAUGGUGCUCCAUUUUCGCUGGCAGAGGCACUACGGGCCAGUCCUUUGCUAUUUCUAGGGCGGCCCGACAGGCCAGAUCUAAGCACCCAGUGGGCCGGAUCUGCCCCCCCUCCCCUGGCCUUGAGUUUGACACCCCUGGUGGAAGGCUAAUGGAAUUUACCUACACAAUGAACCCACAUAACUACGUAUAAUCUUAAGAUUGUCACAAAUGUCAUGGUAGAGUUCAUCAGUGCAUAUACACUUAAGUUACUAUAUGCUACCCCAUAAGUAUCAUAAGACAAAAUGUCAAACAUCUCGUCCAGGUUCUUGUCUCAAUACAGAAAAUCAAGAUCAUUGAAGAUACUGUAUUUCACAUUCUUCAUUAUUCUUGAAAAAAAGAAUUAUACAUUAAUCUUGGAUGUGUAAUGCAUAAAUUGCCAUAUCAAAUAUUAAAGGUUUGGGAUGGAAACAUCCAAUAUAGAAUGUCUCAAGAAAGACAAGACUUUUAUUUAGACAUUCCCAGACACUCACUGUCUUCCAUUCAACAGCUCUUGAGGUAUUGAUGGUAAUCAGCAUAGUCAAUCUCAUAUCCCCAAGUGCUCCUGCCUAUAGGAUAUACUGCUUCAGCCACCCUAGAUUGAACAGGAAAAUAUUCACUAGACUUUGAAAGAUCUGGUCUUUAGAAAAAUAAAAUUUAAAAAGAACCCGCUAGCAUCAGGUUCACAGCACUCCCUUCAACUCCAAAGGGAGUAAACCAAUCCCUACCCACAAACUGACAAUUGCUAAAAAUGAACAUGCCCAGCUAGAACACAAUGAUAGAUUAGCUCAAUUGAAAGAUGUAUCCUGAAAAUAUAGCUUAAUUCUGGAAUGCUUGAACAAAUCCUGUUAACCUUCAGGAGGUUGACAACUGAUCUAAAAACGUAUGAUCUACAAAACAGAGAAAUUAAUCACAGACGUCCCAAACCAAGGAAUAUAGGCAGCAAAUGUAUGAAUUCAAUCAAAAACCUGUUAUUUAUGCCUUUACAUUCCCACUAAUCUCUUAAUGCAUUCUAUAUAAUGCAGCUAUAUCCCAUUACUAUACUUUAUCCAACCUUUGUAACCGAGAUGAAUUCAGUAUUCCCCCAGAUUCAGGAACUGAUUCUCCCCUCCUAUCUCAAUCUGAAUGCAUAAUUAGAGGGUAUUUGGCAAAAACUUGAAUGUCAGAUGUCUGUUAAGUUUUAUUUGACCAGAACAGAGGAAUUCAGAACCUUCUCAUCUCCUUCAACAGACCCCAUUUGGGUUGCAGAGCUUCAUUGGUUGUUUCCUAUACCGAAGUAGCCUAGAAGACCCCAAGUGAGCACACUCAGUUAGAAGUAUAGCCACCUUACCCAUAUUUUAUUUAUUAAAGUUGUUUGCUGCUAUCUUGCUAUGAGGUGACUCUGGGCUACUUACAGUCUUAAAAAUUGACACAAAUGCCUCUAAAGAUACAUGUGUGGUGCAUAAUUUUCUGGCGUCCAAUUUUGUAAAAUAAGCUUAAUUUACAUGCCUCAAUCAAAGUCUCUUUUAGCAUAUGGAUCUGGGGCAUUCAGCUAUAAGAUCCUACCCACAAAGCCAUCCCACCUUGAAAUUGAAAAACAUUAUAUAUGUUGCACUUACAUUAGAGUCAAGCCCACCCAGUUACUAACCAGAAACCAAAAUCACAAAAAGAGUUCCCAAUCAGGUUUAAUCAAUUGAACAUAUCAACUGAGCUCUCUCACAAUAAAUUUUGAAAGGGGAGUAGCAUCUCUUCCCCCCCCCCCACCAGAAGAAAUGCCAUCUGAAUCUUUUGUCCUGCCUCAGACAUGAGCAAUGGUGGGGGAGAUUUUCCACUAUAGAAUGCUGACUAUAUUGAAAACUAAUUGAAAGGCGGUUGUUGUUGUUGUUAUUAUUAUUAUUAUUAUUAUUAUUAAUGUUCAUUAAUUUUUUUAUUUAAUUAGAAAUCACAAUAACCUGAGAUGUCAAAAUAAUAUUGCCAUUGGAUAUGCCUGUACCUAAACAGUAAUAACAAAUGCCUCAGCAAAAAUUGCACGCAACUCAAGACAUGCUGUAUUACAUAUUGUGGAAAACAAUAAUUCUUACAUAUCAGCUGAAUUACACAUAAAUCCAUUUGCCCUAUAAACAUAGUGAAUGUGCUGGGAAUGACAAUAUAUCUUCAAUGAAUGAUCUGAAGAACCUCCAGCUCUGCUGAGUCACUAAAUCUAAUGCUCAAGGUAUGCUAACAGUGAUAUUUCACAAUUCUAAAGCAGUUAUUCCUGAAGAUAGAAAAAAAUAACUUUUUUUAAAAAAAGUUAUUUAGUUUCAUUUGAAAGUGGUAGGUGUGGCAUCUUAAAAUGCUGUGUUUUCAAGAGAAAGGUCCAUAGAUCAAGUUUUACUACCUUUAAGUAUAAUCCUGUUCACUUGGCUUAUAUUUGUCCCUGGAAGGCAGAAAUAAAACUAUAGAUUUGGAAGAGAUCCUUUAAAUUUUUCGAUUUAACCUACUAGUACCAAAUUAGAAGACAAAUGACUGUUUUCUCCAAUUGGAGCACAUUUGGUAAACUGCAAUUUAUGACUUCUCUAUGUGUCAGGUGGCAAUGGUGGCUGCUAAUAAAAUAGAACAGAACAAAAUAGAAUAUUGACCAAGUGUGAUUAGAAAUGCAAGGAAUUUGUCUCCAGUAUACAAGCUCCUAGUGUAUAUGCAAAAGAAGAAAGUAAUAAUCAUAAUAACAAAAGAUAAUCAUGAUAAGAAUAGAAUAGAAUAGAAUAGAACAGAAUAGAAUAGAAUAGAAUAGAAUAGAUUUUUUUAUGGGCUAAGUGUGAUUUGACACACAAGGAAUUUGUCUUCGUGCAUAUGGUCUCAGUGUAUAUAUAAAAAAAGAUACAUUCAUCAGGAAUUCUAAGGUACAACUUAAUGAUAGUCAGGGUACAAACAAGCAAUCAGAAGGUAAUGCAACAGAUGAGAAGGAUAAAUGUAAUACUGUAAGUCAUACUACAUGGGUAAUAUAUUUAGACAUAAGACAGAACUGUGGAAAACAAUAUACAGAUCCUUAACGGAAGGCAGGCUGGUUGCAAUUAUUUUUUCUACAAACCUCAUUAUCCAUUGAAGUCUGUAUCUGUCCUGUCUGGUUGCUGUGCCAAACCGGACAGUUACAGAGGUACAAAUGACACAUUAAGUAAAUCCUCGGUAGAACGGUAUCAGCAGCUCCUUGGACAGUCUGAACUUUCUGAGUUGACACAGGAAGAACAUUCUUUGUUUUGCCUUUUUAAUGAUGGUUCUAGUGUUCAUAUCUAUUUCAAAUCCUGGGAAAUUAUAAAACCCAAAAACUUAAAGGACUCUACUGUUGAUACUGUGUUAUCUGAUAUAGUAAGAGGGGUAGAGUAGGAGUGCUCCUCCUGAAAUCCCCUCUUAUCUCUAGUUGUAAACAUUUUCAGCUCCAGAUUGUUCCAGCUGCAACAUACGAUCAAUUGUUCAACCUCCCAUUGAAGAGACUUAUCAUCUCGAAUGAGACUAAUGACUGUUGUAACAUCUGUAAACUUGCAUAUUUUAACAGAAGGCUAUUUAGAGGUGCAGUCAUUGGUAUAUAGAGAAAAGAGUAAUAAAUGCAGAGAGCACAUGGCCCUGGACUGGGGGUGGGUGGAGGCGGCACCUAUGCUAAUUGGGUAUUUGAUGUGAUUUUCCCAAUCUUCACCUAUUGCUUUUUAACUGUCAGAAAGCUUAUAAUCUACCUACAAGUAUGGACAGGCACAAUUAGCUGAAUCAGUUUAGAAUGAAGAAUUACUGGAAUAAUGGUAUUGAAAUCUGCAAAAAGGACCCAUGCAUAAAUCCCUGGGGGGCUGUCCAAGGGUUGGGUAUUUGAAGUUUAUAUACAAAAUAUAUUUAGAAACGUAACAAUAUAAUAUAAUUCAGUGAAUUCCUUUAGGAAACCAGUGUCAAAGCACUCACAUAAGCACUUUUUAAUUAAAUAAAAGUUUUAUUAAACAUUUCACUCUGGAAUUAUAGAGUAUCUGUUUUUAAAUUUUAAGAUUGAAUUUAUACAACUAUUGAUAUUUUGCUUAGUGUGAAAAAGCUACUUUGAAUAUAUGGAGCAUAAUUCUCCUCUUUAACAAAUAUAUUGGACAUACACGUUGAAAUCUUGCUAUUUAGUCCCCAAGUAUAGAUUGUAGAGAAAUCUGUAUAUUUCAAAAACAUGGAAUCUGUAUUCACUGCUCCUGAAAACUUACACAUGUAAUAAUGCCAAUUUACUAUAACCAAAAUAUGUACAUGGAUCAAUGAGGUUUUUUUUAUUUUAUAAUAAUAUAACCUUGAUCAAGGUAAUAGUGUAGGAAACGUGUUGCAAAAAAAAAAUCUAGUUCCGAAUAUUUGGCAUUCUGUCACCAUGAGAAAAAAGCUUUCCAAGAAGAGAUUUAGAGGAACAGAUUGAGUAAUUUGUUCUUCAAAUUGUCUUCCAGAAUUAAUUUAGAUUUGGGUGCACAGUUAAUGGACAAGGAAUUCUUGUGCUCCAAACAGGAGCAUAAUCUAUUUAACGAAUUCUAAAAUCAAUGGUAUACUUUAUUGUAAUAUUAACACUUUCUGGAAAUUAAUACUAGGUCUGUGGCACAUCAAAUUUCCAUAACAAAUCCAUUUUAUUACAACAUAAAAUGAACAGACCAAAAAUAGUCAGUGUAUGAAGAUGGAAAAUCGACAUACCUUAAUUAACAGGUAAUCAGAUUAAUUCCCCUGGAGUAAUUUUAGAUUUUUCCCCACUUUACAAAGGGCAAACCUAGAUUUACUGUAUUGUACAAUAUUGCUAGCAAGAUUUGUCAGCAACAGUAAAUUUACCAAUCAAUACCUACCUGAAACAAGUGUUUUCCUCAUAUCCUGUACAACAAAAGAGAGACUUUAGGAGUAUGGUAUAUGAAGAAAGCUUUGAGUUGGUAAAUUGUAAUGUAGGUUAAAGCUUUCAUCAAUAUUUGGGAAUUGAUUAAAAAAUUAAGGUCGAGUUUCUGAAUGUUCAAGUUUAAAUGGGAUUUCCUUUACAUAGGAAAGGCAAGAGUUUUUUAAACAUCACAUAAGUUGUACAUCACAAAGUGGAUCACUAUUCAAAGGGGUAGGUAUGCUUUGUGCUAUUGACUUAGCACUUCAUAUGUGUUUGUAUUAAUACAUUAUGUUUAUCUGGUAUAAAAAUAGGCACUCUUGAUUACUUUAUAAUUAUGCUGCUGCUUUCCUACUGUGCAGGAUUUAGAAAUCAUUACAAAAAACCCCCACCCAGCUGGUAACAGAUGGCAGUAAGAUACAGUCAUGUUUAAAAAGGCUUAGACAAAUAACAGCAAUAUCCAAAUAAAAAUAAGAUUUAAAAAAAAAGAUUGCAGUUAAUACUAAGUGAAGUCAUGGUUUAAGCCAUAUGAAUCCAGAAAUGUUUCUUAUGAAAAGACUUAAAAGCUAAAAAAGGCACCUUUUUUGAUAGAUUAUUUAAUAGCAAGAUUCUGUGCAUACUUACUCAAAACUCAGGCCUGUUUAGGUCACUAGUGAUUAUUUGUAGAUAAGCAAAUGAAUGAGUGCAAUCUAAACUAUUUGAGGAUCAUCCGUUUCAAUAUUUGGCUUUUUAAAUUAAAAUGCUAACAAAAGCUGGCAACCAAUGUCCCAUAAUCUGUAUUCUAUAAAUGUAAAAACAACUCAUCAAAUGUUUGAAGAAGUGCCUGCCCAGGUGGUUAGAAUAUAUAAUAAUUUGAUAUUUAUGGAAGAUUGUUACAUAGUCUCUUGUAUGACUUUAGCUUAACUCUUUGGAUUUCUCUACCAAGAAUCAUCAGUAUCUAAUUGUAUUUUCCAAUAGAAGCCAACAAAAAUGAUUGGCACUUCUCCCAGUGAAACUAUCCAAUGUCAAAAUCAAAGAAAGCUGUACUGAUAACAUUGCAACAUAAAGGAGUGCACAGACAAAUCUGCCUUUUGGUUGGGGGACAGAUGAGGAGCAAAAACUAAAGAGGUUUCCUUUACAACCUAACAUUUUCUGGCAUUGUCACACUGAGCUAACCAUUAAUGAGCACUGAAAAAGCAAAGCUCUGCAUUGCUUGGGCAUUCUUAUAGAAAAAGAAAUUGGCAAAAGUAGAUUGCCCUGCAGCAUUCUCCACAAUUCCAGGUAAUUGACUGAUGCACCAUCUGUUCAGUGAGUAUGGCUGUUCACCUUCAUCACAGAUGCUGCAACCUGUUAGUUGUAGAAACAUGGGGGGGGGGUUAGUUUUCUGUUGGCCUUGCAAAUAAAUUGAC